AUGGACUCCCUCUCUCAUCUGAUUCUCAAACAGCCGCCUCCCCUCGACCCGGAAUGGCUCCAGCACGAAGAAGCAGCCAACCUCAGAGCGCCCAAGCAAACCUACGCCUCCCCUCUCGACCGCCAGCCCAUCUAUGCAGAAGAACGCCGCCGCACCACCGCAGACAUGCUCGCCCCCUCGGGACCGCUUCACCACCUCGCCCGCAUCUCCAAGACCCACCACCUCACGGUCCAAUCCACGCUAGACGCCUUCCCGAUCCCCAUCCUCCGCUUCUCGGACCCGCGGAAUGAGACCUCGGACGUGGCGGUGGUCUAUUUCCACGGCGGCGGGCUCUGCGUCGGCGAGGCGGACAGCGAGGAGCUUUCAUGCCGCUGGAUUGUCAACGGUCUGCCCGCGGCGGAGGUGUAUUCUGUCGGGUACCGCCUCAUGCCCGGCGUCCCUGCCGCGACCUGCGUGCGCGACGCGGUGGAUGCGUUCAUGUACGUUAGAGGCCUGGUCCCCGAGGCGAGGGUCGUUGUGGUCGGGAGCAGCAGCGGCGGGCAGCUUGCCGCGGCGGUCUCGCAGUUUAUGCCGCGGGGGAGUCUGCACGGCGUGGUGCUGCGGUGCCCUGUCACCUCGGACGGGGGCACGUCGGACGAGUUUGUGCCGGAGGGGUUGAGGGGUGCGUAUACCACGGCCACGCCCGCGUUCGAGACGACGUUGUUGCCGGUGUUCAAGAGGGCUGUGCCGCGGGACGGGCUGAAGAGGUUGCCGUUGGAGGUUGGGGUGGAGGAGGCGGGGGUCGAGGUUGAGGUUGAGGUGGUGGAGGGGUGGCCGCAUACGUUUUGGGUGAAGGCGCCUGGGCUGGAGGGGGCGAGGAGGGCGGAGGAGGGAAUGGUCAAGGGUUUGAAAUGGGUUUUGGGGGAGUGA